AUGCGAAUGUUCAUCUUCAAAGCCAUCGCCGACGAAAUCAGCCCCUCGAAAAAGACCGACGAGUUUGUCUCUUGGUACUGCACUCAACACGACGUCGGGGUGAAUAUUGAGUAUCAUAAGGAUGUCAUUGGGAAUCAUGCGACGGAGGCUAUUACGGGUAGUGGGAGUGCUUUUGAGUGGGUUGCGGAUCGGUUGGAGGGCAUGGCAGUGAAGGGGAAGGGGUGUGUGACGGAACAUGUUGCUUUGACGAGUGUGGAUUUGGGGACGGUUGGGAAGUUGGGGAGUGAGGUUGUGGCCGUUUUGCAGGAUUUGCUGGGUGGGAGGCUGGGGCCUGUUGUUAGUAGGUGA